UAAAAAUGCGAAGUAAAUACGAGUUAUUUCUUGCUACGUGGAAAUAGCCGAGUUCAAGAUACGUGAAAACAAAUUGUCACAAAAAUGACAACAACAAAUUACUUGGAUUUGGACAUUAAUAAAUUAUUUGAGGAGUAUACAAUAAAGGAGAUCGAGGCAAUUCAAAAGAAAAUCCAACAUGAAAGUGAUAGAAAGAAAAUCGAACUUAGAACUUUAGUUGGGGAAAGAUAUCGUGAUCUAAUAUUGGCUGCAGACACAAUUAGAAAAAUGAAAAUAACUUCUGAACAAGUAAUUUCAAGAAUCAUUGAUAUUGAAAACAAAUUUGGGGAAUUACAAAAAAAAUAUCUUAUUGGAUUUAAAAUUGAUUCAACUCAAAAUGAAGAUGAAAAAAAUGUAGAAGCAAGUCAAGAUUCAAUUAUUAUUCAAAUAAAAAUCUUGAUAGAUGUACCUCAAUAUAUUUGGUCUAGUAUUGAAAACAAGGAUUUAUUAUUUGCUACACAAUUAUAUUUAAUAGCUCAACAUAUAAAUUACAGUUUAUUAUUCGAAGUGGGAAGUACAGAUUUAUCAAUUAAAUAUCCAAUUGUGUCUAAACAAUGGGAUGUUAUUAGCCAAUUUAAAAAUAUUAUAUUAAAUAAAUGUAACAAUGUAUUACAAUCAUUAGAUGUGCAACCAGGGAGCAUAGCAAAUUGUUUAGCAGCAUUUGUAUUAUUAAAUGGAACUUCAUUCUCAGAAUUAUUGGAUAAAUUAAUAUCAAUGCGUAAUCAGGCUAUUAAAUCUAUUGUUACAGAUGAAAAUGAUAAUAGUGUUAAAACAAAAAUAAAAUUAUGUAUUAAAAUAUUAAUUCAAACAAUCAAUUUAAUCUAUUCUUGUUUUAUAAAUUCAGAGGGUAAAUCAGGAGGUCUUGUUUUACAAUAUUUAAUAAAAAUUCAAGAUCAAGAAGCAUAUUCUUUACUUUCUCAGUUAGAUUUGAAUCAAGAAUUAUUACAAGAAUUUCUUCCUAUUGUGACCAAACAGCAUAAACCAUUUACUGUACAUAAUUCUGAAAAUUUUUGUAUAUUAGAUCUGCAAAAGAGGAUUAAAUCUUGGCUUGAUUGGGUAGCUGAAUUUUGCAAUUAUGAAAUUACAAAACUUUUAGAUUUAAUAAUAUCUAUAAGAGGUUUAUAUUAUGUUCGCGAAGAAGCUGUUAAUAUCAAUCUGCCAGAAAAUUGGAAUAAAAUAUGGGAAGAACUUUCUCUUCCAAGAAUAACUUUCUGGGUGGAAUUUUUCCAACCUUUAAUAUCUCAAAGAGUAAAACGUAUUAUAAAUGAUAAAUGGAUGGAAACUAUCACUACGUUAAAAUCUGAUGUAAUUGAACUCUUAGGCAAAAUAUGUUACGAUAAAUUUGAAUAUCCAGAACAUGAUUUGCGAUGGUUUAUCUGGAAAGAUUCGCCAAAUGAUAUUCCUCAGAAACUUACUAAAAAUGGUGGCCUAGAUAGUAAAAGAUCUUUAUUGAUGAAAACCAAAGGAUAUUCGCCAAAUAUUCUUAAAUUAUGUGAAAAUUUUGAUACAAGUUUGCACGUUUUACUCGCAGAUCUUGAGCAAUAUUUGUAUGAGACAGAACAUGUAAUGUCUAUUAAAGACAAUCUACUAUCCACAAAUAUAUCGUUAAUUUCAGAUUCGUUUUUUGAUCGUGCGGAGAUCCAAGAAUAUUUACAAACAAUUAGUACCAAUAUGAUCGAAGAUUUUAUCAAUUUUGCAAAAACUACAUGUGUAAAUGAUAAACCUGACUAUGGUCAACGUGAUGUAAAUGCUAUUGUAAUGGCAAGAUUUCUUUUAGCAUUGAUAACAUUGAGUUCAAAUCUGAAUAAAUGUUUCACACUUUCAAAAGUGUCUGGGUUAACUAUAACAAAUAUGAAAUGGCAAACAAUUUGUGAUAAAUUAAAAGAAGAAAGUACUUUUAUUUGGUCAGUUUGGGCUAAAACAUAUAAAGUUAAAAUAAGUGAACAUAGAGAAAAGUUCAUAUCGAAAGAAUCAUUACAUGGUUAUCCAAUACAUUUGGUUAUAUCAGAAUGGGAAAAAAUAACCAUUGAAGAAGAUUCAGGAGAGGGUAAGAGAAUAAAAUCGGAAAUUUUAGUACCAUAUCAGCCAUCCAUUCACUUGCAGAAAUUUUUGACUGCUAUUAAUAAAGAUUUAAAUAAAAUAAUACCACACACACUUCCAAAAAAAGUAUUACAUGAAAUUAUAGAAGAUAUUGUAACGGAAUUAUUAAAUCAUGUAAUUGUAUUCAAUGAUGCAAAUCUUUCUCAAAAACAAGCCUUUCAAGUAUUAUUUGAUAUAAAAUAUUCUAGUCUGCUUAUGAUACCUCGUGAAAAUAAAAUUUUAAUUGAUCUGUCAAACAAAUCAUGUGAAAAUAUAUUAUCUAAAAUCGAUCCGUUCGAUUAUGAUGUUUUUAAUCCUUUCAUUCAUACUAAUGUGAAGAAAAGUGUUCAAAGAUCUUUGCUCAUAUUAGGAAAUCUUAUACCUCAUUUGGAACAGUUACAUUCAAUUUUAGGUGCACGAAGCGAAUAUAAUAAUAUUGAAGGUGUAAAAUCAGAUUUGCCAACAGUACUAGCUUUAUACACAGGAGCACCUUGGUUCCCACCUUUAACUGUAACAGCUCCAGCGAAAAAUUUACCUCUUGUUACUGCAACUCUUCCAGAAAAAACACAGAUUGCCAGAAUAUACACAUACGAUAGUUCGCGCAUUUGAUUGUGCGCAAAAAAACUACUAGCAAGGAAACUACAAAAAGUGAUUCAGCAGGAGCUACAAUCAAAUCUGGAGCAGCGGCAUUUUUUGGGGCAAUGGGUUCAGAUUGGUUUGGUAGUAGUUAAUUUAUUUAUUUAAUUUUUAACUUGAUAUAAAAAUUGUAAAUAUUUAUUAUAUGUAUAUAUACGCUAAGUAUAUUCAUGUAAAUAUCAUAAUAUUGAAUUGCCUUUUUGACAGCAAUGUCAGUAUUAAAUAAAAUAUUUUAUACAGCCUUUAAA